CUCAAUGGCUCUUCGUCUCUGCGCUUUUUCUACUUCGUGAACUUUCAGCAUGGCUGCACUUAGUAAGCUAUGACUAAGCGGCUCGGAUAAACAUGCCAAAAAGGGACACAAAGCCACAGUCGAAAGCACAAAAAUUAUCAAAAGCGAAAACAUCGUCGUUCGUUCGUUUUAGCAUCCGCGCUACAUGCAGUAAUCUACUCUACAACGACUCUAACACCACGCCGAUCCUACGUCUAAUCCUUGAUAAUCUUGCUUAAUACAGUCUGAACUACCCGCACGACUGGAUUAAUACCCAUUUUACUUGUCCCCUGGACGCGAGGGAGGGAGACAGCACCACGGAUUAGAACAUACAUACACACCCGCGGGGCAGAAUAAUUCACAAUGUCGACGGGCUUCGAUAAAUGCAAGACGCGUCCACCGCAUAUGGAUGCCAUAUUAAACGGACUCGACAGAUACAACCCAGAGACCACCACUGUUUUUCAAGAUUAUGUCGUACAGCAGUGUGAGGACAGGACAUUUGAUUGCUAUGCCAACCUAGCCCUGCUGAAACUCUACCAAUUCAACCCACACCUUCUCAACAUCGAAACAACAACAAACAUCCUCGUCAAGGCUCUAACCGUCUUCCCAUCUCCCGCCUUCUCCCUUUCCCUCUCCCUCCUACCUGCCUACACCCAACCAUUCCACAAUUCCGCUCCCGCCCAGGGCCCCUCCGCAACUCUUCCCAUCCAAACAGCAGACUUCGUCGAAUCAGUGCAGAAGCUAGCUCGUCUCUCCACCCUGCUCGAAUCAGCACAGUACUCCCUCUUCUGGUCAACCCUAAACUCAGAUGACCUCUACGCGGACCUUAUCGCCGACGUAGCUGGGUUCGAAGAGUUGAUUCGCGUGCGUAUUGCGGUGGAAGUUGGAAAAGCUUUCCGUGAAAUCAGCGCAGAGAUGCUUAUGGAUUGGCUUGACGUUAAGGGAUUGGAUACCUUGGAGAAGUUUGUUGUAGAUGUUUGUGGAUGGGAGGUUGAUAAGAGCGGUGCUUCGGGUGCGAAUGAUGCGAAGAACGUCACUGUGCGUGUUCCGCGGAAUAAGGAGAAUGAAGCCAGGGGUGAAGUUAAGGGUGAGAAGGUCGGCAUUGAGAUGUUUGGAAGGGUUAUUCGGAGGGGUUUCGAGCAGCCUGCUUGAUUGUUCUCUUUUGACAUUUGUUUUCCUAUUUCUUUUAACCCCCUUGCAUUCAUCUCUUCGAUAGAUACGAUACCUGCGUGGUACUGGGUUUGGCAUUUUGCCCAUGUUACGUCUUUUAAUGGCUUUAUUCUAACGGCUGGACGAGAACCAAACAAAAAAGAAUCAAAAACGAAUUAUGCCUUUCAACUUGCUGUCUAUCUUCUGGUUUCUUUAUCCAACUGCUCUAUUCAUUUAGGCUGUAACCUCUCCUCCCACUGUACACCUACCCAUUCUUCUCUCCAGCCAGCCUCCCCUACGAUCUCUGGUGCACAGUCUGCCGCACAAACGCCUAAGAUGAUGGUUCCCCAUUCCAUGCCCAAAUCGUCCUUGGGUCCAAGCCCAAUUCCUUCCAUGCCCUCUUCAAGCAUGGCGAUAGCAUGCGGUACGAGCUGGAGCUCAAAUACACGUUCUGAACCACAUGUCUCACACCGUGGUAUCUUGCUACUGCCUUUCCUCCCGCUAACUUGCACCUUCAUGUUCGACUGCGCUUGACUUGUAGUCUCUGAAGCAAAUAGCUUCCCUACCUCGUCACUCGUGGAGUAAAGCAGUGGGGUUCCUCGGAAUUCAUAUCUCAGUACUUGUUCCGGGUUAUGCUCCAGACGUGUCGAGAACCGAAUAAACGACUUAUCCAUAGAUGAUUCAAAUAGUUCCUUUUCCGUCUCCUUUACACCAAUUGACGAAGAACCGUCAUUCUCUGCCUCGAGGGUAUCUAUCUUUACAUUGGAAGGCACCGGGGCCUCCGUCUUGGAAAGUGCUUCAUAUUCAGCGUCAAAGAAGUAAUGGGGGUAAGGCGGUGGAAAAGCAGACUGAUCUGGCCAGGGAGCCUGCGGCCCAUCUACGGGCUUAGAAGACUGUGCUGAAAUGCUGGCCUUUUGCGCAAAUGUCUCGGGAAGAGAUUCCCCCGCAGGUUCUGGCGAGGUCGUCAUCUCAUCAUCCGGUUUCUGCGGUACCACUGCUGCAAGCGAUGAUGUAGGGGGUAGAGAAGCGAAGGGGUUGACAGGGCUGUUUCCACCACCAAUCGAGGAUGUCGAGAAAGGAUUCGAGCUUCCCAAUGCACCGGAAGGGGAUUUUACUCCAAAUAGAUCAGCUCCUAGAUCUCGUUUGGGUUUAUUCUGCGCUUCUUCUUUCUGCUUCUCAAAUACUUUCUCCCUCUCUUCGACGGUCUUGUGCCUCUUCACUGCGCGUAGAGCUCGUAUGCUCCCCUUUUUGCGACUGCACGUCCGCCUCACGCAACCGAAUAUAU